UCGUCCGUGAUCCAGGUGAGUGGAACAGAGAAGAAGCUGAAGUAUUUUCGGACCCCGAGGACCCAUUUGCUCUAACAGCAGAGGAUAAGGAACAGGAGGAGGAUGAGGAGGACGAGGAUGAUGAUGAGGAAGAUGCCAGGAUCUUCAAUGCUUGGAUGCAGCGGUACCGGGGAGGGGAACAGCAGAGUAAAGUAGGAGAGGAAGAAGUUGAAGAUGACGAGUCAGAGGGAGGAAGACUUAAAAGCAGAAGCAGCCCGGAGCUUCCGGCCGCGGUAAAGUCAGGCCGCCGAGCAUCACUGCCAUGUCCGUCCACUCUGUCGGCCAUGCAGCUGUCUCGUCUCCACUCGUCCACUCAGGCUCCGGUGACGGCGAGGGUUUUGUUGCGUCGCUCUUCCUCCCGCCGCCUUCUUCCAUCACCUAUGGAGGCCGCUGUGCCCACCUCAGAGCGCAGGCAAUCUCUCAUACCCACAAUCCCCGAGGUUGUGCCAUCUGAGAGGCGGGGACAGUUCAGAAGACGUAAUGUCAUGUCGCUGAGUGAUGCUUAUAGUGUGUGUCUGAUCUGUCAUAAUGACUUAAAUAACGGCGCUGGUGGCACCAGAGAGCUACAGUGCACACACACCUUCCACAAAGAGUGUAUCGAGGAGUGGUUGUGGAGGAAACAGUGCUGUCCAACAUGUCACGUUCAGGUGUCCAUGCCACAGCCAUCUUACUGGAGCUCCAGCAGGGUCAUAAUCCCCUAACAUCACCAGGAAAAACGUCAAUUAAACUGGACUUUAUUGGAUAACCGCUUUAUUAAAGCCCAGUGAAUUUAUCAUUGUCUUUCAGAAUAUUAUCAGAAGAGGAGCGUGACUUUUGACGCAAAACGUUAUUCAAUAGAUUAAAAGACAAAAAGAUUAACACUCAGUAUUUAUAUAAGGAAACAUCCUGUCUUUUAUUUGUCUCCAUUUUGAGCCACACUGGUUUCAACAACCAGGUUAUCCUGAGAAUAAGGGAGUGUAUUCCCUGUUUUAACACCCAUAUCAUCUCAGUGUGAUACAAAUAAGUCAUAGUGGAUUAGAAACAUAUAGUAAAGGACCAACGCUGAAGCUGGAGAACAACCAAAAUAACCUCAUGUAUGUUUUUUUUUCCUUUUUGUCUUCUUUUUAUGGUAACUUUAACAGUAUUUUAAUGACUUUAAAAUAAAAUGUAAUUGUGUCCGAGGAGAAAAAUAUGGUGCAGACAUAACAAAUUCCCAGUCUUAGAAAAAGUUUGGGGUUUUUUACUUCUAAAACUAAUUAUAGUUUCUUCUGCUAGUCUGUUAUUCUCUAUUUUUAUUUGUUUUUUUCUUGUUCUAUAUUUUAUCAUUUCAUUUGUCUUUUGGUGUGAAUAUUCCUAUAUUUUAUUUGCAGAUAAUCACUCAGUUAUCAAUUUAUAUCAAUUUUAAACGAGCUCUACCAAUAAAUGA